UCUAGCGAAGGGGAGCCCAGUGUGACCAUGCCCCGAGGAAGAUCAGCUACAAGUGCCCGCUCAGACAGCAGUGAGAUGGAUGCUGAUGCAGAAACAGAGAUGGACAAACUGCAGAGACAGUUCAGGGUCAUGGAAGGAGAUCGGCAGGCCUACAACAUUCAGGCCCGGGAGCAGAUACGCAAACAACAGCAGGAGAUGGACAAGCUGCUGAAGGAACAGGAGGAGCUACAGCGAAACCUUGUUGCGUGUAAGAGCUUUUCACGCCAACAACAGGACAGUGAGGACAUACAGAGUCUUUGUGCUCUGCGGGAGCAGGAAGACAUUGUAGAUGAGGCGAUAGAGAAAGAGAGGCAGAGCCAAAAAGCAGUAGAGAAAGAGGUGAUGUAGUUAUUUUCUCUCUACAUGUCACUAAUUUUAGUGUCAUUUCAUGUUUACUGAUAUUUUAGGACACAGUCCACAGAUUAUGUCAUGUGUCUGUAAUGUGGGCAGGUUGCCAACAUGCAGCUGAAGCUAGCAGACCUGAGAAAAGGGGAGGCUGGCACUAGUGAUACACAAAGGUCUGAGCAGCGGCGAACUCAGAAGGCCAUACGCACUUUGGAAUACAAACUUGACAGAGCCUUGACUCGAUUCAAUGAGCAACUGACUAGCAACAAACACCUGAGAGAGGAGUUGCAGUCUCUUCACAUUGAGCGUGUCCGUUUCCAGCAACUACAAAACAGGCUGGAAAAGGAACUUCACGAUGUCCGUAAGAAAAUUGGGGAAAUUGUCAACCUUUCCACUGCUGCUUAUGACGCCAGGGUGGAGGCUCAGUCCAAGAUCACCAUGAUGAGAGAGAAGGCAGAGAAGGAUCUUGACCAGUACAACACUGAGAUGAAGGAACUGGAGAGGAUUAUUGCACAUGAGUGUAGCCUGAAAGACUUCAUGACCACCAAGUGCAGUGAGAGGAGCAGGCAGGAUGAUGGCCACGAGAUGGGACACACACAGUUGUCAGAGCUGAAGGAGCAGAGGAGGAUGGACACGGGGGAAGAGUCACUAGACGCUCUUGAGGAGGUGUUUAAAAGGAUCCAGGCUGUGACAGGGGAGGACAACCUGGACAUGCUGGUCACCAGGUUCAUCCAGGUCGAAGACCGGAACUUUGCACUCUUUAAUUUUGUAAAUGAGCAAAACAAUGAGGCCAAGGGACUAAGUGAUCAAAUCAGCCAGCUAGAGGACAGUGAUGAGGAGAAGGAUGUUGACGUGAAACUGGAUGAGAGCAGUGACAGUUUGCAGUCAGAGUCAGGCACAGAUACAGAGCCACAAGCAGAACCAAGAAAACAGAUACAAGCAGAAAUUGAGCAGUUUCGAGUAUCAGGUUUGCAAAGGGAGAAUGAUCAUUGCUCUUUGCUGAGAGACAUUGAUGAGCAGCAAAAGAAAACCGAGUCUCAAGCUGAGGACUAUGAAAACCAAGCCAGCAUCAUAAGCAAAGUCCUUGAUGAGAUUAAAACAGGUGUGAACAGCAUCUUCUCUAAAUUGGAAUGCGACCGCUCUGUAAUAGAAGACACGCUGGGCUCCUCUACAGGGAUCAGUGAAAACAACAUCAUGUCCUUCCUGGGUCUGGUGGAACAGAAGACCAACGAGCUGCUCACCAUACAAGCUUUCCUCAGUUCAAAAAAUCUGGAAAAGGACUACAAUUCAAAAAACCUGGCCAAAUUCCUUUUGGGUCAAAAUCCAGAGCUGCUUCAGCAGAAUAUUAGCAUCCAGCCUGCAAUCAAGAAUGUGGAUUAUGAUGCAGAAGAGUCUCCUGUCACUGAUGAGGAAGAACAGCCCCUUUCACAGGAGGAACUUCGCAAAAGAAUAAUGAAAGGGAUUCUACAGAAAGAGAGUUCGGUCCAGCAGGCAACCACCAAAGCAUCAAAGAUCGGUCAGCAGUUUGAUGGCAGACGCCGCUCCCUGGAAGAGCCACUUAUCUGACAUAAUGACCCGAUCAGUGUCCCGUAAUAAAAAGGGGAUCUUCAUCCAC